GUGCACACACGGGAUCAGAGAAUUCGCGAUCGCAAGAGUUCACGCCCAGCAAGUUCCCGAUAAUGUUUACUUUUUGUCACGCGACCUGAGGAUAAAUCCGAUAACAUACCAAGAUGGAUUUCUUGAAUAAGCCUGUUGCAGAAGUGUGGAAGGCAACCAAAAGAACCCUGGCAGAAAUAAUGGACAGCAAUGAAGGUGCGAGGAGCCCUGGUACAUCAAUGCAGAGGAGCAGUUAUGAUCAGGAGAUGAAGAGGGAUUCGGAACCGUCUGGCUCAUCUUCAAGGUCACCAAACUCCAGCAGAAAAUCCAGGUCAAGUUUUGGUUACAUCAAAGGGCGCCAUCGAUCUCAUGAAGGCAACCUGAACAUGGAAGACCAUGUAACAGAACGAGAGAAUAGACCCAUGGAUUGCAAUGACGAGGUGAGAACAGAAAUGGGAAGUGUUCAGCGGAGUGCAUCAAAUGAUUCUUUAGACUUUGCCGAGGUCCAGACGAACCCCCCGCAGCCAGUGAUGCCCAAGAUCAAAGGCAAGGACAAACAGAAUUCAGACAGAGAGAGGACCAAGACAGCUUGGACCAAAUUCAGGUUAGGCUACCUGGGUAAGAAUUCAAAUUCAACCGAUGUGGAUGAUGGUGACGUGGGUAGUGCGGAGAAGUCAUCAGUUUUGCCCUCAUUCAUGGACAAGUCCUCACCAACAUAUAGCAGUCCAGGAAAGACCAAGCCAUCAAGUAGGACUUCAAGAAGGUCCCGUGGGGAAAUUAACACCAAAGGUUUUGAUUUCCGAUCUCGCUUUCGCAGCAAUUCUAGUGACCGGGCCACAAUGAGGAGGAGGGAGCGUGAAGAGAGGGAAAGAACGAGACGGUCAUCAUACUCCAGAUCAACAUCCUUUGAUGCCAAUGAGGAGGUUGAGGAUGAGGGAAAUACUGCCAGUGAUGACGCAGGAGAUGACCAGUCAGAGAAGGUCAAAUCCAAGCUGCUCUCCAUGUGGAACAAUGUGAAGUAUGGUAGGUACUAGUCCUUUUUGCUAGCUAUUCAGUGUUCGUUGACACUUGCAUGGUUUUAAAUAAAUAUUUGAUAUAACACAAGAAGGAUCGACCUUGAUCUGGUCUAAAUUAUAGCACAGAUGAGAGGAUUGCAGGUGGGUAUUUCAUGAAGAUGUUUGUAAAAUUAUGAAUGACUUUAUUCACAACCGGAACAUGUCAGGUGCUUAGUCAACUAAAAUGGGAUAUAAUAAUAAUAAUAAUCAGUUCUUGUAUAGCGUAUAAAACAUUAUGAAUAACGUCUCUAUGCGCUUCCAAAGGACUUGGAUAUUAUUACCCUGGUUUUAGCUAGGCUACCUAGGCGCUCCAGCUUUCAAGGAAUUUCUUCCUACUGGGUACCCAUUCACCUCACCUGGGUUGAGUGCAGCACAAUGUGGAUAAAUUUCUUGCUGAAGGAAAUUACGUCAUGGCUGGGAUUCAAACCCACGACCCUCUGUUUCAAAGUCAGAAGACUAAUCCACAACGCUCCACAUAUACAGUAUGUACAUUCAGAAUGGAAGGGGUCACUAGUCGUGUAUAAGGUCAUUCAUGACUUAAGAACAGAUUUAUGACACACCCAGAAGUCUUUGUGAUAUUAGGGUGUUUUUUUGCACCGCAACACAGAACACAGUCAGGAACACAAUAAAUGUAUUGAAAAUGGAAGUCAAAUCACAAUGAACACAGCUGGGAGGUCUUUGUCAAAAAUUGGUGAACCGGAACAGCAUUUUUUGAGCUGACGAAAAAUUGCCAAUCUGUUGUUUUUCCAGAGUCCAAGACGAAUCUGCUGUUUUGAUUCACCCAUUUUCAACAGAGCCUUCUUGGUUAUGAAUGGCAUUUGAGUGAUUUGACAAUGUAUUUUCUAUGUUGUUGAAAGUGUUCUGCAUCACAGUGCAAAAACUCCCUAUUGUCAUUUCUUAAAGACAAUGCUGAUAGCAUUUGGAUAGUUCAACAUCAAUGGGCAUCUACCCCAUCAUGACAGUCCCCCAGUAUGGAAUCGCACAUUAAUCAUCUUUGUUCAAGCAUUGUAAAGUGCCAAGUUUUAACUUUGCAGGAUUCAGUAUCGGAGUUCAUUUUUUCCCAUUCACCUUCUGGUGAAUGUCCCUUAAGGAGCAUGCUUUCAGGUGCUGUUCAUUGCUGGGUAGAUCAAGUUUCAUCUGACACCAAUUUUUGUAGGUGUCGAAUACAAUUGUGGGAAAGAUUGAAGAUGCACAACCUUCCUAAAUUGCUAAAAAUCUAUUAAGAUUAGAGAAAUAAACAAACAAAAGAAAUCAAUUUGCAACAGAAAGAUGUCAUCAAUUGUUGUGUUUUUCCUCAUCGAGCAUAAUGUACUUUGGUAUGUACAUGUAAGUGACAAGUUGUGCUAAAAUUCACUUUUACAUGUACGUUUACAUGUACAUGCCCCAUGUGAACUUUGAAAAUUAACCAUUUUGCCUUUGAUAUAACACAUAAAUCUGCAUGGAUAAUUUCAUUUUUACACCAAAGUUUUCUUUUUGGCCCAAAACAUUUUUGUUAAAAACUUCAAAUGCCAUCUCGGUUUUAUAGAGUAAAGGGAUCUUUACUAUUUAAACAUAUUGAGGGAGUGACAUCUCUGUAGUUUUUUUCUCAUGUUGAGCAUACCCACCACACAAUUCAGCACCAUAAAUGUACAAGAGUUCAAGGGAAAAAAAUGAAGACCUGUGUCCUAAACUAACUGUCCCCAUUUGAAAAUAAAUGUCAAACUUGUUCAGGAUUUGAGCAUUUCCGUAUGUACAUAUACAUUUACCUUUACAGACUCUCGUAUUGUUUUGGUUUUAAAGUCAGUGCAACCAUUCUGAUCAUUGGCUUUCCUUACACUCAUUCACUCCAAGCUCCUGUAUACAUGUAUGUACUAUCAGGUAAAAGAAGUGAGUCACAAGAGAAGGGCUCUAUACCCCAUGACUGUCCUGGUUGCAAAGAUCCUUCCGAUACAGACCUAUUCUCGUCUAGUUAUGACCUUGACUCGCUCCAUGCAGUUCACUCGUCUACAAGAUGCAGCCUAUUAAUGCUUGUCAACAACUCAAGAGAAUUGUUGGUUGGGUUGGCUCCUUGUACUCGGUAGUUUGCAAGACAGAGUGCUUGUAAAUAACUUGGGAGUUGAAUUAAACUUCCCAAGUACAAGCACAUGUUUCAAGGACAACAUCCUCAAUGUUCCCACCAAUUCUGAACAGUAUAGUCUUAUUGGACACUUCAUCUUUGAUGCCCCACAGAUUGAGUACUGUAUUGCAGAUCAAAUUGGGAGAUGUUUUUUUUUAAUAUUAAUUGGUACAUGUAAUCUCAUAAUUGCAAUCUUUUUCAUUGUAACAAUACCUCAAAAUUAGAUAAUUCACUAUCUAAAUGUAAAUAGAAGGAUGUGUUUUCAUAGUGAAUAGAAUGACUUUUACAGUUCUAACAAGUGCCUCAACGAUACCGACAGAAGACAC